AUGAAUGCUGAGUCUAUAUGGAAAUCAUAUUCUAUUGGUAAAGAUAAACAACUUUUGGAACUUGCUUGGCAAAUAGAAUUUUAUCAGACCAUUACUCAAAGUUGGACAAUCGAGUUACUACAGAAUGGUGCAGAUGCGUCUUGCCAUAAGAGUCACUUCGAAUCAGGUGGUAUCUAUGAAUCUAUCAGAAAUGUUUGCAAGAAAUGGGUUAUCAUUGACAUUCAAUGUCCUGAUUUUUGUAAUGGAAAACCAAAGUAUAGUAGUGAUUAUCAUUGGAUAAACAUAUAUUGUUUAGGAGAAUGA